GAGCGGCGGAGCGGCGACCUGACGCCCGGGGCUCCGGCUGCUCCGGCGCGGCUCGGCAUGAGGCUAGCGCGGCUGCUUCGCGGAGCCACCUCGGCCGGCCCGGGCUCCGGGCUGCGCGCCGCCGGCCCUAGCGUCAGCCGCAGCCUCACCUCGGACUCGGGCUCCGGCCCGGCGCCCGAACGCGGCAUUCCCGGCCAAGUGGACUUCUAUGCGCGCUUCUCGCCAUCCCCGCUCUCCAUGAAGCAGUUCCUGGACUUCGGAUCUGUGAAUGCUUGUGAAAAGACCUCAUUUAUGUUUCUGCGGCAAGAGCUGCCUGUGAGAUUGGCAAAUAUAAUGAAAGAAAUAAGUCUUCUUCCAGAUAAUCUUCUCAGGACACCAUCAGUUCAGUUGGUACAGAGCUGGUAUAUCCAGAGUCUUCAAGAGCUUCUUGAGUUUAAGGACAAAAGUGCUGAAGAUGCUAAAACUAUUUAUGACUUUACAGACACUGUGAUACGGAUCAGGAACCGACACAAUGACGUGAUACCCACAAUGGCUGAAGGUGUGGUUGAAUACAAGGAGAGCUUCGGGGUGGAUCCUGUCACCAGCCAGAAUGUUCAGUAUUUUUUGGAUCGUUUCUACAUGAGUCGAAUUUCAAUUAGAAUGUUACUUAAUCAGCACUCUUUAUUAUUUGGUGGAAAAGGCAAAGGAAGCUUAUCUCAUCGCAAACACGUUGGAAGUAUAAAUCCAAACUGCAAUGUGGUUGAAGUUAUUAAAGAUGGCUAUGAAAAUGCUAGGCGUCUGUGUGAUUUGUAUUAUAUUAACUCUCCCGAACUAGAACUUGAAGAACUAAAUGCAAAAUCACCAGGACAGCCAAUACAAGUGGUUUAUGUACCAUCCCAUCUCUAUCACAUGGUGUUUGAACUUUUCAAGAAUGCAAUGAGAGCAACGAUGGAGCAUCAUGCUGACAAAGGUGUUUAUCCGUCUAUUCAGGUCCAUGUCACACUGGGUAAAGAGGAUUUGACUGUGAAGAUGAGUGACCGAGGAGGUGGUGUUCCUCUGAGGAAGAUUGACCGACUCUUUAACUACAUGUACUCCACUGCGCCCCGGCCUCGCAUGGAGACGUCCCGAGCGGUGCCCCUGGCUGGUUUUGGUUAUGGAUUGCCCAUAUCACGCCUUUAUGCACAGUAUUUCCAAGGAGACCUAAAGCUCUAUUCCCUAGAGGGCUAUGGGACAGAUGCAGUCAUUUACAUUAAGGCUCUGUCAACAGAAUCAGUAGAAAGACUCCCGGUGUAUAACAAAGCUGCCUGGAAGCAUUACAACACCAACCAGGAGGCUGACGACUGGUGUGUCCCCAGCCGAGAACCAAAAGACAUGACGACAUUCCGCAGUGCCUAGACACACUUGGGACCCCUGGAGAAAUCCGGAUGUGGCUUUUUAUUAAAUUUGGAAGGGGUGGUAUCAGAACUACGUUAUACCAAAUACUUCAUGUGUCGUGUUCACAGUUAACUGUUUGGAUAGGUAGAGUAGGUGGCAGAUUAAUUUCAUUUACACUUGUUGAAUCUCGUAAAGGACGAAGUUGUACCUAUUUUACACCUAUAUUUUCACAGUUAAUUGAACAUAUUUUUAAGCAACAGUAGUUUUGGUCAACUCUCUUUUAUGGUAGACUUCAGAAGCAUGAAAGUGCAUUUCUACAGGAAGCUUGUGUGGUUGUUUUUUAAAAAAUACUUUAUGUCUACUAGAAGCAGUUCCUUAAUACGGAGUAGCCGGUUAGCCAUUUUUCUGUUUUAGAGGAGUUCUGCCAGAUUUUAUUUAGUAACGACAGAUGCAAUUAGAAUGAUCCUCAGACUAUGAUUAAGGCAACAAACAGGCACCCUGUAAGUGUAGAACCAGCCACCUUUCAGCAUCUACAUGCAUUGUCUUCACUCUGAAGUUAAUUCAUCAUUUUUUAAUUUUAUUGCAAAGGACUGUAAUGACUAGUUUCCUAUGGAGUUAAGCCAAGAUCAUGGGCAGUCUACUUUGAAUGUGCUUAUGAUUAAUGCAGUGGGAAAUUUUUGUACUAAAAAUGACCAGCUGCUAAAAUUCUAAAUUGAAUUUAAGAAAUUGAGGGCAGAACAUUGAGUCCUAUAAACUAUACUAAUGAUUGUUGAGAUUACCUAGGGGAGCUUUUGAGAAGGUUUUUCUGGGUCCUACUCUAGACAUACAGAAUCAGACUCUGUAGCCAUAGCCCAGAAAUCUCAAUUUUUACAACACUUCCUAGAUGAGUCUGAUGCCUUGCCUAGUUAGAAAAUCACACUUUUAAAGUGAGUAAUGAUGAUACCACAUUUGCUAAAGCAACAGAUCUUUAGGUUUGGUUUUCUUCUAUGGAAAGGUCAGACUUCUGGACUCUAAGAGACACAAAAUGUUGCAAUUAGAAGCAUAAUUAGAAUUAGGAGACAGGUUGACAACAGGAGAAGAGUCAAGGAACCAAAGGAUUAAAACCAUAAAUGCACAAGUAUUGAUGAAAAACUUGUUAUAAAACUUACCUAUCUAUACUUUAUCAGGAUAUCUGUUACUUCAUCAGGAAAGAAAGUCACCUUGGGCUUAUCACAAAAAUCAUUUGCAUUCAUAUGGUAAUUUGUAGUAUACAAAUUUUUGGUGUAUCUGGUAUAUAAUGAUAACUCUGUUGGGCUUAAGAAAUAGCAAACAGGUGGUAUCAUCUUCGUUUUGAGACUCAGAGUAUGGCCCAGAGCUGCCCUGAUGGAGUCAGGUCUCAAGCAAUAUCUGCUGAUCACCGUCAGCUACCUAGCCUAGGAGACCAGGAUGCUGCCAGACUUAAGUUGUUAGUCUUCCCUCAUCUUUCAAGGUGACAGGGAAAUACAUUGAGAAUAAAUUUUAAAGUAAGAUUUUAAAUGUUAAAAGAACAGCUACAAUACUUAAAUGGGGAAAUUUAUCUGGAAAAUACAAGUUGAAACAUCUCAUUCUCAAAAAGAUUAUGUAAGCUUAACAAUUCUACACAAAUCUGUAAAUAGGAAGGGAUGUUAAAGGGCUGUUAGCCUGGGAUCCUCAGGUAAGAGAGGAGGACCUUGAGGCUCCAGGUGUGUGGGGUUUGCCCAGGGCUGAUUAGCUAAUGUGACCAAACAUUGGGAAAAGAUCUUUGACCUAUUACUCCUUAAUUAUGCGUUUUAUGAGAAACAAUAGGAUAUGCCAGUGGAUGAUUUGUAUUAGUUCAAUGUGUUACAAUUUUUUAGCUUAAGAUUACACUUUUCUUGUAGUGAUGAAAUAUUUUUAAAUCAUCUGAAUCAAAGCAUUCCCUUUCUUUCCUAAAUGAAACAUUUGUACAACUGACAUAAACUUGAUAUUUUUAUGAAACAACCCCCCCCAACACACACAAAGUGAAAAUUUCUCUCUUUAAGAGGUAAGAAGUGGUGUUUUCAAAGGAGAAGUGAAAUCUUUCCCUUUUAAGCUUCUUUUUAAGGUAUAAUGAUUUUUUACUUUGUUACUGUGGUUAAGGGACAGAAAAUCACAUACAAAAGUAUUUGGGGAGGGGGAUGCUUUCUCCUAGUUGGUUUUAAAUUACUGUGCUACCUGAGAAGUUUUUUAGAGUCUUACACUCUGUUUCCCACCAGCAUUUAGUAUGAUGCUAUGUAGAUUUUAAAAAUAUACUGAAGGGUAAGAAGUGAUACCAAGUGAUUUUUUGUAACCUGGGCAUUUAAUGAGUGUGCCAACAUUUUUUAGAAAGAAUCACAAAAAAAUAUCCUGCCCUAUAAUUAAAAUAUCAGCUGGCUUUAGAUGUCUUCAUACUUUUUUAGUAAUCACUUUUUUGCACUGUGAAGUUUUUACAUGAAGAUGUUGAAGUGGCAGUCUACCCUAUUAUUUUUUAUAAAAUGAUUUGUGUAUGGCAAUAAAUUGAAAACAUGGAUCAACUCUUAACCUGAAAAUAAAGUGACCCAAUUUAGGUUUUUAAAAAUAUACUUGUUUUAAAAAUAAAGGUCUCUUUCAUCAUCAA